CCCUCCCUCUCUCUCUCUCUCUCUCUCUCUCUAUUUUCUCUCUCAUGUGUUAAAUUUUCCUUCCAAAGAACUCAUUUUUCUAUUCCAAGUUUUAUCCUAAACCCCCUAAAAAUAAUUCAUGAAGUUAGUAGUACUUAAAGCAAGACAAAAACUUUCCCUUCUUUUCCUUCUCAACUGUUCUGAUCAUGACCACUUCUGCUAUCAAACAGGUUUACAAAUCUUAAAGCAUGAAACAAAGUAGAUCCCACUCACCCUUCCAUACUACUUUUAUCUAGUUUUUUUUUUUUUUUCCUAUUUUUGUACCUUUCUCCCCCUCGUUCUUCUCUUUUUCCUUUUUUUCCUUGUUAAUUUUGCUGGGUUUAGAGCUUCUUUUUGUAUCUUAGGGGUGAUAUAGUGGCUUCUAGUUUAAAAGAUGGGUGCUUGUGCUUCAAUUCAUAAGAGCCCAAGAGUUGUUAUUGUGGGCAUAGGCUCUAAGGCCAAGAGGAUCUUCACAGCAUCACCCACCAAGGAGAGGCCUUUGAAUGGAAAAAACCCGGUUGGGGAAUUUCACUCUGAGGAGAAGCAUGUGGAGAGCUCAGAGCUUGCGGCAGGAAGUAAGGAGGAAUUUUUCUUUGAUUCGCGAGCAUGGUUGGACUCCGACUGUGAGGAUGACUUUUUCAGUGUUAAUGGAGAUUUCACCCCGUCGCGAGGUAGUACACCUAACUAUCAGAUAAUCGCGCCUUCGACGCUGAGAACUGAUGUUGUUAUUUCUGUCGCAAAAUUUGCCGACCCGAAUACGGAACCUUCUCCGACUAGCAGGAAGAAACUAGCUGACCUUUUCCUGGAAGCAAAGCAAGAUGAGAAGCCACUCAACAAGCAAAAUGCUGCCGAAGAGAACACAUACAAACUCGAGAGUGUCGAAUUCCUCAAACCAUUGGAUUCAAAUCCUUUUGGCUUUGAAUUUAGUGCUCCAAAGAAAGAGAAGGUGCCGAGUACGCUGCGGUGUUGCUUUCCGAUCUCGCCUCAGCGUAUAGGUUUCGAUGAGCGGAGCGCGAAAGUGAGUUCGCGGCAAUGCGCUGUCUAAGAGUGCAUGCCAUGUCUUUGGCUUCAAUAAUGGGUUGCAGUUAAAUGUAACUACUGCAUGAGAUCAUGUACUAUCUUAUCUUAGAUUCUAGGAUCUUAUAUAUGUUCAUAAAGAGCUAUUUUCUUGGCAAUGGUGAGAAAUUUGUAUAGAAAUUAAAUAAGAGAGAUAGAACAAAAAUGUACUCCUUAUAUAUAUA